GGCGGGGCUCCCGGGCGCGUACCAGGCGGCGGGCCGGGUGGCGGGGCGCAGAGCGCGGAGCCGGGCGGCGAGGUAGCAGCUGGCCAUGGCAGGCUGCUGCGCGGUGCUGGCCGCCUUCUUGUUCGUGUACGACACGCCGCGCAUCGUGCUCAUCCGCAGCCGUAAAGUGGGGCUCAUGAACCGGGCUGUGCAGCUGCUCAUCCUGGCCUACGUCAUCGGGUGGGUGUUUGUGUGGGAAAAAGGCUACCAAGAAACAGAUUCUGUGGUCAGCUCAGUUACUACCAAAGCCAAAGGCGUGACUGUAACCAACACUUCUACACUUGGAUUCCGGGUCUGGGAUGUGGCGGAUUAUGUGAUUCCGGCUCAGGAGGAAAACUCCCUCUUCAUCAUGACCAACAUGAUCAUCACCGUGAACCAGACCCAGGGCUCCUGUCCUGAGCUUCCAGAUAAGACCACUGUGUGUAAAUCAGAUGCCAACUGUGUUGCUGGCUCUUCAGGCACCCACAGCAACGGAAUUGCAACAGGAAGAUGCGUGCUGUUCAAUGGGACUGUGAAGACAUGCGAGGUGGCAGCCUGGUGCCCAGUGGAGGAUAACACCCACGUGCCCGAACCUGCUUUUUUAAAGGCUGCGGAAAACUUCACUCUUUUGGUUAAGAACAACAUCUGGUACCCCAAAUUUAAUUUCAGCAAGAGGAAUAUUCUUCCCAACAUCACCACUACCUACCUCAAAUCGUGCACUUAUGACGCUGUAACAGAUCCCUUCUGCCCCAUAUUCCGUCUUGGCAAAAUAGUGGAGAGCGCAGGGCACAGCUUCCAGGACAUGGCCAUCGAGGGAGGCAUCAUGGGCAUCCAGAUCAACUGGGACUGCAACCUGGACAGAACCUCCUCCCUCUGCUUGCCCAGGUACUCCUUCCGCCGCCUGGACACCCGGGAUGUGGACCACAAUGUGUCCCCUGGCUACAAUUUCAGGUUUGCCAAGUACUACAGUGAUCUGACUGGUGCUGAGCGCCGCACGCUCAUCAAGGCUUAUGGCAUCCGCUUUGACAUCAUAGUGUUUGGAAAGGCUGGGAAAUUUGACAUCAUCCCCACCAUGAUCAACGUCGGCUCCGGUUUGGCGCUCUUAGGGGUGGCGACGGUGCUAUGUGACGUCAUAGUCUUCUAUUGCAUGAAGAAAAGAUACUACUACCGGGAGAAGAAAUACAAGUAUGUGGAGGAUUAUGAGCAGGGUCUUGGUGGUAAGAUGGACCAGUGAUGCUUCCUCCACACCUGGGCUCCCUCCGGCCCUCAUCAGAUCACAGCCAAGAGGGAGAAGAGGCUGCCAUGUCACCUCAGAGAAGGUUCCAGAUUCUGAAUCCAUCUCCACUGCACAAGAGCUUCAUGGUCGCCCAGCUGUUCUGUGUGUAGGAUGUGAAUAGUAAACCACCCUGACACUUGGGGGUGUUGGGGCGACCUCUGGCCCAAGGGUGGUGCUGCUCCUGCCGCUGCAGGCCUGGGGCCUCAUCCAGAGCCAGCCUUCCUUGGGGGGGGGGUCCCAGCUCCAGCUCCCUGUGAGAUAGGCCCAACUGAGGCCCGGCAGCUCGGUUCAAGCACUUUAUGAGGGAAGGAAGGACAGCCAGGUGUGGUCGCUGGACCUCCAGCACGCAGGGGCGUCCGUGCUGUCACGGGACAGUGUCUGUCCUUUGAGAAAAGGCACGUUGAGGUGGUCAAGGACCAAAC